AUGUCUGCCUGUGUCGAUGAUGGCAAUUCAUCAUCAGGGACUGAAUUCGAGGUGUUUUUGAGUUUCAGAGGCCCGGAUACUCGCCUCAAUUUCACCGAUUGUCUCUAUCACUCCUUAGUUAAAGCUGGGGUUCGUGUUUUCAGAGAUGAUGAAGAGAUCCGAAAGGGCAAAAAGAUUGAAGGUGAACUUUUGCAUGCCAUUGAAUCCUCCAAAAUAUACUUGCCCAUCUUCUCUAGGAACUAUGCAUCCAGUAAGUGGUGUCUUCGCGAGCUCACACACAUGCUGGAGUCCUCGAGCAAAGCGAAUGACAAAGUGAUCCUACCCAUUUUUUAUGAUGUAAACCCUGAUGAUGUAAAGCUUAAAACUCGAUUGUACCUCAAUGCUCUAAAGAAACACCAGAAGAAGUUCAGCCACGAUGAGGUUUGGCAAUGGAGGGAAGCUUUGACCGAGGUCGCAAGAAUCAAGGGAUGGGACAUGAAGGACACAAGCCACGGUGAAAUCAUCAACACUAUUGUUGAUGAGGUUUUGACCAAGCUAAUGAAAAGAAUGCGAAAUUUGCCUGAUCAUUUAGUUGGGAUUCAUGAUCAUGUUGAAGCUAUCAUGGACAUGAUAAACGAAGGUUCUUGUGAUGUUCGUUACCUAGUCAUCCAUGGAAUGGGCGGUAUCGGGUAG